UAUUGUUUUAACUUCGCUAAUGUUAGCUUAAAGCUUGAACCAUGCACAUAUUCAUAGCUACACUAGUGCACUGAACUGGGAGACCUACAUUUACAUUGUUUAUCCCGUAUUUUCUUUCUUCACGGUAGUUCAAAGUUACGUUUAUUCACAUAAAGUCACCCGGAAUUAGAUGAAUAGCCUUUAUGUUUGCUAGUAGUCAUUAUCUGACUGCAUUAAUCGUGGGAUUAAACUAAAAUGGCUGCAGUUAAUCUUAACCUUGAAGUGGAAUUGGAUUUUUUUCAUUGUAAUUAACGAACGAAGCCCUUCAUCACUUAUUUUUAGCACUUCUUAAACAAAGAAUUAAUGUGUUAACUUCUCAUUUAGUCACACAACCAGACCAGUUUUCCAGGCUUCGUUCACAAUUUUCCUUACGAAUUCACAGAUUUUCAUAUAAUUUGUUCAGAUCUCUGGAUCACCUGAUGCAGGUGCAGGCGGAUGGAUGAAUGGCUGAGGUUGGAUGGAUGAAUGGCUGAGGUUGGAUGGAUGCUGGCCGCUCUCUAGUCUAGUGGGGGAUUCAACGUUUGUCUCCUGUUACACUGCUGCGCUUCAUCCCCCUGUCCCCCUCAACCCCGGUCGGUCUCCUUCGGCCUGUGAGCGGAUGAAUGCCAAAGCCUGUGAUUUUACCGUCGCCAAAAGGACUCCAUGUCUUUCUUGGACUGUUCCUGCAUCUCCCACACUCAAGUCCAGCCCUUGGACAUAGAGGAGCGCUAUGAGGACAUCAGUCACCAGUUCCUGAGCUCUGAUGGUUCUGAAUACACUCUGCAAGGGCCAGCUGGUAGCAAUGACAUCACAGGGCUAUCAGCUGAGCCGGCCCACUACCUGCUACUGUCGGAGCUGGGAAGGGGCUUCAAUAACCUGAGCCGGGUGUACAUGGCGCACCACAUCCCUACUGGCCAGCUGGUCGCCGUCAAACAAACCAACCUGGACGAGUGCAUCGAGGAGGAGCUGCUGCAGCUCAUGAACGAGGUUCUGCUGUCCAGGCUGUUCCGUCACCCCAACCUGCUGACCUCUCGCCUGGUUUUCAGCUCCUGCUGCCAGCUCUGGAUCCUCACGCCGCUCAUGUCCUAUGGCUCUGCAGACACUUUACUGAGAACAUAUUUCCCAGAUGGAAUGAGUGAAUCCCUGAUAGCGUACCUGCUGUACGGCGUCCUGAAAGCCUUGGAAUACCUGCACAAGAUGGGCUACGUUCACCGGGGAGUGAAGGCCAGUCAUAUCCUGCUGUCAGGGGAGGGGCAUGUGUACCUGUCAGGGCUCCACAGUGUUUACAGUAUGAUGCGUGACGGGAAGAGGAUGAGGGCGGUGUUCGACAUGCCCCACCACAGCCCCGCCCUGUUGCCCUGGCUCAGCCCUGAACUACUGCGACAGGACCUGCACGGUUACGGAGUGAAGUCAGAUAUCUACAGUUUAGGUAUCGUGGCCUGUGAGCUGGUGAGCGGCAGGGUGCCUUUCCAGGACAUGCUCCCCACUCAGAUGCUGCUUCAGAAGCUGCGCGGCUCUCACUGCUGCCUGCUGGAUGUGGCUCCCUUCCCGCUGGGUGAACUGGGGGGGCUGAAGGUGUCGCGGUCCGGGGUAGACUCCGGCAUCGGGGAGAGCGUGGCCACUGGAAGCAUGACGCACAGCGCCACCGCUCCUCCCACCGACCGACCUCAGAGCCCCGGACCUAAAAACCACUCGGCCACCUUGCACAACCUGGUCCAGCUGUGUCUGCAGCAGCAGCCGGAGCGCAGACCGUCAGCAUCUACACUGUUGACCCACGCCUUCUUCAAACAGGUGAAGAGGCACACCAGAGACACCUUCCUCAGCCUCAUGUACCCAGCAGUGCCCCUCACCAGCCUUGAGGACCCUCCAGUCUCCUGCCUCCCCGCCCCAUCCUGCCACGCUCCGACGCCAACCUCCGCCGAGGCUGCGUGGGACUUCUCCUAACCCCAAUUCUCUGUCCCUAAAUCUCAGAAUCCUGACUAGUAAGCCAAACACAAGACAAUCAAAGCAAAUGAGGCCAAAUUCUACUGUGCUUUGAUUUUGUAUUAUUAACCCGACUCGCCUUUUUAAAGUAGUUUUGUAGUUUUCUUUUUUUAAAUGCUUUCGUCUGAUGCAUAUAAGGAGUUCGGGUCAUGGGUUGGUGACCAGACUGUGAAAGUGUUGAUCAAAGACGCUGCUCCGAUCAUGUGUUAAGGAUCCACGAUAAUAAUAAUAAUAAUAAUAAUAAUAAUAAUAAUAAUGGACGGUCAACUUAAAGACGAAUCAGUUGACUUAUAAUCGCACACUUCCUCUCAGAUAAAAGGCAACUGUGAGCUAAAGGAGAAGUCCACCCAGAAAUACUAAACAGUAUAAGUUGUUUUUACGGUGUACUUUUCAUAUUUCCAUGGAUAAUGGUCAUUUCUAGGUGACUUAUGUACCUCUUCUCCUCUAAAGGCAUUCUGAAACAUGAAGGACCUUGUUAACCCAACCUGAAGUGAAUCCUCUAGGUACUGACAACAUAACCCCUGCAGUGUAAGUGACUAUCUGAAGGUGGAUGUUUCCUUCCCAGUAUCGUUAUGUAUUCAGACUGUGAGUAGUGAAUAGGGAGGUACAGAUAUAUUUACAACACAUGUGCAUAUAUAUUCAUUUAUAUAUCGAAAGAAAGACACUCCUUAGAACUCGCCUCACGUUGUCGACACUGUGUACAGCUAAUGGCUCCCAAACUAGUAAGUAUUAAUAAACUGUAUAUUUCAAUCAGGAUUGAACUACACUCCCAAACGUCCGGCUUUAGACUCAAUUUUGACUAUUUCCCAAAUAAAGAACUGUCCACGAUGAGAUCUAAAUAUGUCUGCUUUGUUUGAACGUAUAUGCACAUUGUGUCGUCACACGGUACAAACUCGCCUAUGAAAAUAUUAGCAAUAGAAUAAAUGUAUCGUCCCAUGUAGGAGUUAGAAACGGUAGAUAAGUCGUCCCUGUCUUUUAUCGUCACUGAUUCGCCAAAAUCCUAUUUCUACUGUGCUCUGUGACCACUUCUCCAACAACGCCUUUAAGUUUGAAUCCUGCAUUGUGAAUAUGUGAUCUCUCUGUAACUGUGAUUAAGUGUACUGUGUAUCUACAGUACAUAUCAAACAUGGUAGCUGUAUGAGCCUUAUACAUAUAACUAUAUAUAAACACAUAAUUAUAAAUGAUAUAUAUGCAGAAUUUGAUUUCUUAACUUCCUUUGACUUAUUUCUUUAUAGAUUUGUGUUGAGAGAAAAGUCUUGUGUGAUUCAACUCGGGUAAGGGACGGCCACUCUGAGUCGCUCUUGUUAGUGGAGGGUAAGUGCCUCUUGGCUCUCGCAUCUCAACUCUGUGGGGGUCAACAAGGCGCCUCAGAUUUGGGUCGCACUUCUGGAUUUUCGAAGGCAUUGUUUGUCACAGUUGCUCCCGUGUCAUCCAGAUUUGAACGGAUCCCAACACAAGGUGCAAGUAAUUGGCCCAUGAGAUCAAAACACCACUCACGGUAAAAGUGCAAACUCCAAAUAUCUCUGCCAAGACUCUAAAGCCAGGAGCGACACGCUGGCAAAACAUGAAGAAUUCAUCAAUAAGCUGCAGCUUACGUCUUGUCCUAAUGACCUCUUUCUUCUCAGUGGCAACUCCAAUCCUUUUAUCUUUGGACCAGUACACCAAUCGUACAGCUCUUAUUAAUAAUUUGGUAAAAUACAAAUUAUUUUCUAUUAAUUUAUAUUAAAGUCACCACUGAAAAUGCAUCCUUUUAUUUAAUAAAAAAAAACUGUCUCACAC